AUGGGAGGUCAUACUUUUGAAGAAAUAAAAUCAAAGUGGGACGUUAUCUUUAAGGACCCAUUACUCUCUUUAACUUCUUUACGGGAUAAAGGUGUUAGAGGAAAUGUUUGUUCUUUUAGUUUAAGGUCUGUUUGUUGGAAGUUAUACUUGUCUUAUCUACCAAGUUUAGAUAUUUCAACUUGGACUUUAACUCUUCAUAAAGAACGUCAACACUAUGCGGAUCUUCGUCAAAAAUAUAUUACUAGUCCAGUUUCAGAAACUGAAAACGAUAACACUUCCAAUGAUUUAAGCGUGAAUAAUCCGUUAUCUUUAGACCAAGCCAAUCCUUGGCAAGAAUAUUUUAAAGAUACCGAAUUACGAAAAAUUAUUCGACAAGAUGUGGAAAGAACAUUUCCGGAUAAUGAAUACUUUCGUAACCCGGAGGCCCAAAAUCGAUUGUUAGACAUUCUAUUUAUUUAUUGUAAAAUGAAUACGGAUGUUUCUUAUCGUCAAGGAAUGCAUGAAUUAUUGGCACCAAUAUUAUGGGUAGUUGAUGAUGAAUCCAUACCAGGCGCAAAUGGAUACGCAGUAGAGAAUGAUGAAAUUACGAUAAUUAGACAAACAUUAAAUUCUGAUUAUGUGGAACAUGAUACUUUUGUUCUUUUUAGCUCUUUAAUGAAAGCAGCAAAAAUUAAUUAUGAAUAUAAUGAUGAGGUUUUUAAUCCCAAAUUAACUCCAGUAGUCAUGAAAUGUAAUAAAAUUCAUGAAGAAUAUCUACAAAAAAUUGAUCCAGACUUAUACCAUCAUUUAAAAGAUUUAGAAAUUGAACCUCAACUUUAUGGAAUACGUUGGGUGAGAUUACUUUUUGGUCGGGAAUUUCCUUUAGAGAAAGUUUUAAUAUUAUGGGAUGGAAUGUUUGCCGAAGAUCCAGCUUUAAGAAUUGUAGAUUUUGUAUGUUUGGUACCGGAUAGUUUAGUUCAUGUUACAAAAAAUGUUUUUGAAACAGUAAACACAGCGAUGCUAAAUAAAGCUAUUUAUUCGGUAGUAGGUGAAGUGAAGAAAAAUCUUGGUAACUCUCGGAAUCGUCAUGAACAAGAUAAUCAAAGACGUCAACAAAACUCAACAUCAGAUUUUAUUAACAGGAAAAUUUAUUCAAAUUCAUCUCAACAAGUAUCGAAUGACCCAUUACGCACAGAACGUAUUAUAGACCGUUCAUCAGAUCGUACAGACACGUCUCAAUAUAAUAAUAUUUCUAUAAAAAAUAAUUUAGAAGAAUUUACAAAAUUACGAGAACAAAAUCGUCAAAUGAGUAUUAUUUUACAAAAAAGUAUUGAUAUUCUUGAACAAGAAAUCUUGGGACGAACGAAAUCUCAGGAAGAUACAGAUAAAAUAGAAAAAAGUUCCGAAGGGUCAACAUCACGAUCAUCUUUUGAAUAUGUAGCAAGUAAUAAUAAUGAAGAAUCAAGUACGGUUUCAUCAGAUGGAAUUUCAGUUCUUAAUGUAUUACAUGGACUUAAACAUAUUAGAGAUGUAUUAAAUGGUUCAACGAAAGAAUUUAAUUCCAAUAUAUUAGAUUUAUCAUCUAAUACAUCAAAUACAUCAAAUAAUAGUACAGAAGAUGAAAUUUCAUCUAUUAAAUCUAUUAACAAUACGAAACAGGAGAAAUCUAUUGUUAAAACAGAAAUAAAAUCAAUUCCUUCAUCAUCAUCUGAAAUCUCAUCAUCACCAUUAUCAAGAAAUAUUAUUGACAAUUCUGUUAUCACAUCACCUAUAACUACAACAACAACUACAACAAAAUUAUCAACACAAUCAACACCAACAACAUCAACAACAUCAAGAAGAAUUCAUAAACAUUCAUCAUUAAAAAAUAAAUUAAAUUUAGAAGAUAUAUUAUCUGAUGUAGAAAAUAGUAAUGGUACACCGAAAUCAUCAAUUACAUCCAAUUCAAAAUAUAGUUGGAUGAUUGGAGGAUAUACGGAUGAUGAUGAAAAUUCAUUAUUUAAUCCUAAACGAGCUAGUAUUGGUAGUGUGAAUAGUUUAUCUAGUUAUGCAUCAGGUUCCGGAUAUGGUUCAGGAUAUGCGGAUUAUGAAGAAGAAUAUCUCAAGAAAAUAUCACCAACAACGACGACGACAACCAUUACAACCACAUCAACACAAAGACUUGAUCCAUUAGGUGCUUUUAAUUCAAAAAAUAUUGGAGGAAGGAAUAGAAGUGAAAAUCCAUUGGGAGUUUUAUAA